GUUGCUCCAGUGUCUCCCGAAUAAAUUAUUAUCAUUUUGGCAUGUCCUGGAAGCAAUUAUAGAUUUGUUACAACUUAGCCUGUUUGCUGUUGUUACAUAAGGACAGAUUUCGAGAGGAAUAUAAUUUAAAUUGAUCAAUAAGUAGGCUAUUUAUUACAAAAUGGACAUUUUUGGACAAAAUAAGUCACAGGCAAACACCACCAUUCCGACUGAAAACUGGACAUCUAUAUACUCUAUAGUUCGAUGGAUUCAAAUAACAAUGGCCGUCCUAAGCAUCUUAGGUGCUGGCUCCAUAAUCUUUUAUGCGAUUUUUAAAGGACUAGUAAGAAAACCAGAGGUGCUGCCGUUGUUCUUGUUGAGUUUAACAGACCUGCUGUUAGCUUUGAGUUGGAUGUGUGGAGGUCUUCUCUUCACCCAGUCCUGUAACGCUUACGACAUCUGCUACAACCUCCACAUAGUGGAACAGACGCUUUACAUGGCCUCGUUCUUCUACACGCUGCACUAUGUUUGGGUGCUCUACACCGGACUGAUGGGGAAGUACAGGAGACUCAAUGGCUUCCCAGGCGAGAAUCCAGCAAACACAAGAAGCUGCAGGUGUCUCGGUCCUGUCCUGUCAUUUCUUUUGCCUUUAAUGCUCACAGCGCCCGUCUUUGUGGCAGGAAAUGUGUUUCGGUGUUACACAAACUUCACCCAGCCCUACAGAUGUUUGCUGAUGCAUACAGGCGCUGUGUAUCUCACCUCAUCUGUAAAUACAGAAAUGACAGCAUGUCGUGUCAUUCAAGACUACUGCAUGACCAUAUUCCUUACGACCUUCCUUAUCACCUUCAUCGGCAUCACCACUCUCAUGUGUAAAGCUCGCUCCCUGUACAAGCGUAUCAUCACGUCACAAGGGUUUUUCGCCGACAAUCAUUGGGAAACUCUGCGUCUCCUGGAACGGCGUAUGCUGCUUUAUCCCUCAGCCUUCUUCUUCUGCUGGGGACCAGCAAUAUUUCUGGCCACUAUGAUGUUGGUGAAACCGGACAUAAUAGAGGGAAGGAUGGGAGUCGUUCUCUACAUCCUACAGGCCUUCACCUCUGCCUCUCAGGGUCUGUUGAACUGCCUGGUUUACGGCUGGACGCAGCAGCACUUUCGCUCUCUCAGCAGCGGCAGCAGCACCGUACGGGACGCCAACACCCAGACUCCCCUGCUGCGCUCCCAGAAACCAAACUACGCCGCUUUGCGCUCUGCUGCAUCGCUCACCAAUUUUGUCUGACAGAAAGACACGCAAGAAUCCCUGUAAUGCAUUGGGACGAUACUUUAAACCAAAGCGACCGAGGGAUCAAACCCAUGACUUGGCUGUUGCGAGCAUCAUGCUCUACACAUUGAGCAAGUACAGCACACACUAACUGAAGACUGAAGCAAGCAAAGUAUUAGUGUGGUCUGUCAUGCGUGACGUUUGGUCUUGAUGAAAACAGCCACUGCAGAAGCGUUUGUUUUGCUGUUGUAUAACCAGCACCAGAUGGCAGAUAAGGACGCUCUGCUGAAAAGGGAGCUGAAUGUUUUUUUUCUCUUCUACUUUGGUUUUGUUAUGAGAUUUCAGAUGCUGCACCUGCUGCUAGUUUAGCUGAGAAACCCACUUCAAGAAACCGUUUCAUCAUCCAGCCUCUACAAUAUAGCUUUUGCAAUGACAUGCAAUGAUCGAGACUUUCAGAUCACGACGCACUGCUGAACUGUCGAAAAGGGAAAGACCGAAGGGAGAUUACGGCUAGAGGGAAAUAGCUCUGAAACAGGAUCUGAGAGGACAAUGCUGCUGCUUUCCAUCCAAAAAAACAAAAACAAAACAAAAAUGUGCUGAACCCACCCACACAUAGUGGUUAGCAUUGCAGGUAUCAAUUACUGCUGAAGGAGCAUGAAACAAAUCAUUUAUCCUUCAUAAACAAUGCUCGGUUA